AUGAGGUGGCUGGCCUGCGUGAGCGCCCUUCUGCUGGCGUCUGCCGUGGCGGAGGCACAGCAGUGCGGCGGAGAGAGCGGGGCAGUGGCGGGCGGCGUGGGCGCGGGCGCGACGCGCCUGUGGCUGAGCGGCGAGCACAACGCGACGGGCCACUGGACGGCGACCCUGCGCCUGGAGAAGGACAGCGCCGUGGGGCAGCCGGGCAGGCAAGCGGCUUGCAGCUGAGCUGGAGCCCUCGAGCUGGCGCUGCGGCUCCACGCUCACCGACGCCCUGCCAGCUCACCCUGUUGCACAGUCCUCCAUUACCUCCCGGUCCCGACUAUCAGCAACUGGCUGGCGGUCACUUCUACAAACUCCACACGGAGCUUCUGACCUGGGAGGCUGCGAAGAGAGCGUGCGAAGCCGAGGGCGCGUUUUUGCUCGUCCUCAACUCCCAAAAGGAGGCCGACGCAAUUCUGCAGCUCGUGAAGGAAUACAAGGGUCUUUCUGAGUGGCUGCACAUCGGCUUUCACGAUAAGGACCGGGAAGGACAUUACUUAACUGUUCUCGGAGAUCUGUUGUCCCAGUCAGGGUAUACCCGCUGGGAGCAGCGUGACCCAACAGGCGACCCGGAAGACUGUGGAGCAAUUUCUAAAACAGUGGGGCUGGUCGAUAUUACUUGUGAAAAUCAUAAAAUGAAUUUCAUUUGCGAACAGUUCUCGUAGUUACGCCUGUUGUAUAAAAUUGUUCCAACACACAAAUCUAAAAGAAUCCUAUAUUAUUCAAAGAUUGUAUAAAUGUUUUAAUUAUAUAUUUGUAACAAAUUAUAAAGAUAUGUUUGUGUUAAUAAAAUCUCGUUUUUAAAUUCUUG